GUGCGCACAGGAGACCGUGUCCGCUGCACGAGCAUGAUUUACGGCCACACACUGUUGCAUCUUCCCGCUCAUUUACGGAUAAAAAACCAAACAAACAUGGCAGCACCAACUUCUGCUCUGACUCUGCCCUAGAAAAAAACAACAAAAACACAACAAUUACACCGUCGGAAUUUUUGGGGCUUUUCUUUUUAAUUUCUCCUGACUCUUUCCUGCGCAGUAAAUUAAAACAUUUUCAAGUCAAAGCGGAGAAGUUGGCCGUUAUUUACUGAGUGAGGUGUGACCAGAAACCCCUUGAGCAAGGCAGCAGUGUCACUACCACCACCAUCAUCCCCAUCCUGUCACCUGUCUACACACAGGUUCACAGUCACAGCUCCAGACUAUUUCCAGCUUUCUGAUUUCCACUGGAGGACAUUACAGCUUUGCAAUUUGCAGCAUCAUGUGACUGUUUUGCACCAGCACACUUGAUGAAAACCUAACAGUGAAUCGGUUGUGAGCUCAGACCAUGGCCUACACCCUAGGCUCCACCACCGACUGUCAGACGCGCAGUGUCGGACCACAGCACUGCGUCACCCGCGUGGAGCUGUCCGUCACCGCAAACAGUCUGCUGGACCGAGACGUGGCCUCCAAGUCCGACCCCUUCUGCGUUCUGUUCCAUGAAGUGGACGGAAACUGGGUGGAGCUCGGCCGUACUGAAACAGCUGUGAACAACUUGAACCCAGUGUUUGGAAAGAAGUUCCAGGUGGACUAUCACUUCGAGGAGAUCCAGAAGCUCCGGUUCGCCAUGUUUGAUGAAGACAAAUGUGCCACGCAGCUCUACGAACACGACUUCCUGGGAGAGUUCAUCUGUACUUUGGGAGUGAUUGUGUCCAAUAAGAAACUUCACAGACCUCUGAUCUUAGCCAAUGGAAAACCAGCUGGUAAAGGGUCCAUUAUGAUAACAGCUCAGGAGCUGUCUGACAACAGAAUCAUCACUUUAACCCUGAGUGGGCGGAAACUGGAUAAGAAGGACUUUUUUGGUAAGUCAGACCCCUACCUGGAGUUUCACAAACAGGGAGAAGAUGGAAAAUGGAUGCUGGUGCACAGGACGGAGGUCAUAAAGAACACCCUGGACCCGUCAUGGAAACCCUUCACUGUGCCUCUCAUUUCUCUGUGCAAUGGAGACGUGGACAGAAACAUAAAGGUGCUGUGUUAUGACUAUGAUAAUGACGGUGGACACGACUUCAUCGGAGAGUUUCAAACCACAGUUGCCAAGAUGAGUGAAGCCCAGAGCUCAGUGGAGGUGGAAUUCGACUGCAUCAACCCCAAGAAACAGAAGAAGAAGAAGAAUUAUAAAAACUCUGGAAUCAUCAUCCUCAAGUCCUGUAAGAUAACCAGGGACUACACCUUUCUGGAUUACAUACUGGGAGGAUGCCAGCUGAUGUUUACUGUGGGUAUAGACUUCACUGCAUCCAAUGGGAACCCUCGUGAACCCUCCUCCCUCCAUUACAUCAAUCCACUGGGCAGCAACGAGUAUCUGGCAGCCAUUCUGGCAGUUGGACAGAUCAUACAGGACUAUGAUACCGACAAAAUGUUUCCUGCCCUGGGAUUUGGAGCCCAACUCCCACCAGACUGGAAGGUAUCACAUGAAUUCGCCAUCAACUUCAACCCCACCAACCCCUUCUGUUCAGGAGUGGAGGGCAUCGCCCAGGCGUACUCAGCCUGCCUGCCUCACAUCCGUUUCUACGGCCCCACCAACUUCGCUCCAAUCAUCAACCAUGUAGCACGCUUCGCUGCCCAGGCCCUUCAACAGGAGAGAGCAGCGCAGUACUUCACUCUCCUCAUCAUCACGGACGGCGUCAUCAGUGACAUGGAUGAGACCCGCGACGCCAUCGUGCAGGCGUCCAAACUGCCCAUGUCCAUCAUCAUCAUCGGAGUGGGCAACGCCGACUUCGCCGCCAUGGAGUUCUUAGACGGAGACGCCAGUGUUUUGAGGUCCAACACCGGAGAGGAGGCGGUCCGGGACAUUGUGCAGUUCGUCCCAUUUAGGGACUUCCGCAAUGCGCCAAAGGAGACCCUGGCCAAGUCCGUCCUGGCAGAGCUGCCUCAGCAGGUCACGCAGUACUUCAAACAGCGGAAUCUACCGCCCGCCAACCCAGCGCCGGAGUGAGACCCACCACCACCACCACCACCCCGCCCCCGAAGGAGAGCCGAGGUCCUGAACGCUGUACAAAAGCUCAACAAAACCUUUCUUCUUUAAUGAAAGUGUGUUUAACAAAAAAAUCUAUGUGUCCAACGUUGAAGACGCUCCUGCCUGGUCUGUGUGGGGGAGUGUCCAGGACCUGGCACGUCCACAGAGACGACGGCGGUGUGUCCAAAAAUGGUGUAAGAAUAUGCAGGAAAAAUUCACCCGCCUUUUUUAGACGAAAAUUCAACUAUUGAGCUGUAGAUUCUUCUGCUUUUAGUUUUUUUACUUUAUGCAUGUUAGUUAGUGUCAUGUGAUUGAAACUAUGUGAUAUAAAACCCCUCGGUGUAAAGCGCCCCCCCCCCCCCCCCCCCCCCAUAACAUAACAGUGCUUGAACCCCACCCCCGCCCGUUGUAGUUGUAUGGCUCUGUUUCUGCGUUUGUGCUCCCCCCAGUGGUGGACUGACCACACUGCGUUUCUCCAUCCACAGGUGACAUUUGUACAUUUUUGACGCGUGGCAGUGUUGAACGCUCCAGGUGGGGGGCGGAGCCAACACAGGACAGCCGCGGAUGAACUGUGCUGAGCUCAUUAGACAGUGCUGCUCUUUAACAGGGGACCGUUUCGCCAGCUUUUUUUGCAAAAAUCCUCGUAUUUGAGUUUUUUUUCCUGCAUGCGGCCAAUAUCUACUCACUGUUUACAAACCGAUGCCGACGAUCGCGAAAGCAUGACGUUCUUUGUUACGAAAUGACGUAUUUUGUAAAUAUUUUCAGGAGAUCUGGUUGAAAGCGUUAGGGGAGGAACCGUGCGCGCCCACUGGUGUCCGAGUGGAAUCUGCAGAGGAGUUUCUGAUUAUGCAUAUUUAACCGAAUGUAUAUUUCUAUGAUGCCGUUUGUUCUGAUGAGCCUGUUUUUCAUGUACUUUUUAUGCAGUGCUGAGUUGUGUACUCUAAUACUACGUGUGCUGUUGUUGUGCAUCUUUGGAUCAAACGUGUUGCUAUUCAUUUUAUAAAGUUGUGUCCUUGUCCACACUCAGGUGAAUAAACUGGAGGAAAAGUCACA